CUCGCUUGGUGGUUGGCAGGCAGGUAGUGAUGGAAGCGGAAGUGUAAAGUGAGCGGACGAGCUGCAGCCCCGGCGGAGAGAGAGCUUCCGGAAUUCCUCGAAGCAACCGCGUCCGGGAAUGGAGAGAGAGAAGCGGAGUGUGACGGGGAUCCUGUCAUCUCUCUCUCUCCUCUGUGUGCUUCUGGAUCUCCAGUUGGAUGGAGGUUUCGCAGCGAGUCACGCAGAGGUCGAAGGUCACCUGGAGAUGGGUCGGAAGCUGUUAGCGGCCGGGCAGCUGGCAGAAGCUCUCUCUCACUAUCACUCCGCGGUGGAUGGGGAUCCAAACAACUACCUGACGUAUUAUAAGCGGGCGGCCGUGUAUCUGGCCCUGGGCAAGUUCCGAUCGGCCCUUCCCGACCUCAGCAAGGCCAUCGAUCUCAAGGCAGACUUCAUGGCGGCCAGACUCCAGAGGGGGAACAUCCUCCUAAAACAGGGGAGUACCGCGGAGGCCAAGGAAGACUUCGAAGCCGUGCUGGCUAGUAGCCCGACUAACGAGGAAGCCCGCGCCCAGCUGGAGAGGCUCGCGGAAGUGGAUCGUGGCCUCGAGGCGGCUCGGGAGGCCCACGAUAGACAGGAUUACGGAGGGGCCAUAGCCCUGCUGGAGAAAGUGAUUGAGCUGUCCCCGUGGGACCCCGAUGUCCGAGAGCUGCGAUCCGAGUGCUACCUCCACGUCGGGGACCUGAGCCGAGCCGUGCAAGACCUGAAACCCACGACCAAGCUGCGCAACGACAACAGGGCGGCCUACCUCAAACUGAGCAAGCUCCACUACAGCAUGGGGGAGCACGAGGAGAGCUUGAGUAACGUGCGGGAGUGUCUGAAGCUCGACCAGGACGACAAAGAUUGCUUUUCGCAUUAUAAACAAGUUAAAAAGCUUUCCCGGCAGCUGGAAUCGGCAGAAGAAUUCGUUCGGGAGCAGAGAUAUGAAGCCGCCAUUGAGAAGUUCGAAGCCGCCAUGAAAACGGAGCCUCAGGUGGAGGCUUAUAGGAGGAGAGCGAAGCAGAGGAUCUGUCACUGCCUGUCCAAGAGCCAGCAAGCGGAGCAGGCCAUCGCGGUGUGCACGGAAGCCCACCAGAGAGACCCGCAGAACCCACUCAUCCUCCGAGACCGCGCCGAAGCACACAUACUCAACGAGGAGUAUGAGAAGGCCGUGGAGGAUUUCCAGCAGGCCAAAGAGCUGGACGGGGAGAACGAAGAGAUUAAAGAAGGGCUAGAGAGAGCCCAGAAGCUGCUCAAACAGUCCAGGAAAAGAGACUACUACAAAAUACUCGGCGUGAAAAGGAACGCCAACAAACAGGAAGUGAUCAAAGCGUACAGGAAGCUGGCGCAGCAGUGGCACCCGGACAACUUCCAAUCAGAGGACGAGAAGAGGGAGGCUGAAAAGAGGUUCAUAGACAUAGCGGCCGCUAAAGAGGUUUUAACGGACCCGGAAAUGCGACAGAAGGUGGACGCCGGGGAAGAUCCGUUGGACCCGGAGAACCAGCAGGGGUCCGGACACCACCAGCAGUGGCCUUUCGAGUUUAACCCUUUCAGCUCAGGGAACUUUCACUUCAAAUUCAACUUCAACUGAACCCUUCAGGCUGCGAAUUUCCAUUUGGGAUAUUUAUUGUUUACACCGAGCGCCGACUCUUCCCCCAAAGUCUCGGAUUCUGGGGUUUUUGUUUUUUAUUUGUUUUUUUUUUGGAAAGACUUUUAGACAUCGGAGAAAAAUGGGGGGGGAGGUUUUAGCGUCUUUGAGCAGCUUGAUGCGCCCGGCGCGAUCUCUCCGGGAUCAGGAGGGGCGAGAGAUCGGAAUUUUAUUGACUUUCUUUACAAUCGGAAAUGAAAAUAUAAAAGAAUUUAUAUUAAAAAAAACAAAAAAACUGGGAUGGAGGAAAGAAGUGAGAUAUUAAUAAAAGUAAAAACACCACGUCGGCGGA